AAAAACUCAGGUUGCAUAUUUUAUUGUCUCCCCUAUAAUUGAUAUAACCUAAAAAUACUUAUACGUCACUUAAAUUUGAUCAAUCCCUUCCAUAAAUCUCCACCCCACAACAACAAUCAAAGACACAAAUUUUAAGAGAGAUUAUACAUAAAUACAUACAUCCAUCCCUACCUAGUUCCAUUCCACCAAUCAAAGGAAAAAAAUAAAUAGCUAGAGAGAUACAUAAAAGAUGAGUGGUGAAUGUGGUGGAAACACUAUUGCUACCUCUACUACCCCAUUAAAUUGGUGGUAUCUCCAAACAAAUUCUCUUUCUUCUAAUUGGAACGAUGUUAAACAUGCAUGGAACAACAACCAAAUGAAUCCUAAUUCUUCCUCUUCUUGUGAGGAUCAAGAUAUUUCUGUUUCUUCUACAUCUUUCACUAAUGCUUCCAACCAUUCAACCCUCACGGUUGAAUCUUCUCGACGAGUAUUCGUUGAUCAACCUCAUGCACCUUCCUCUAAUGAUUUCAUGGCUCAACAUGCUUCAGAUAAUCAACUUUGGAGUCAUGUUCUAUCAGGUGUUGGAACAAAUGGAGAGUUGCACAACAACCAAGAAAUUGGAGAGAACUUUUUGGAUGCACUUUCAUCUAAAACAAUGUUUGAACCAGCUUGUGACUAUUUGAAGAAACUUGAUACAAGUUGGGAAUAUAGUAAUCCAACUUCAUUCAAUAGUAAUUUUGAGAAGCACUUAAAUGGGUACAGUGAAGCACUUAUUGAGAAUAAUGAAAGGUUGACAAAAUUAUCCAAUCUUGUAAGCACUUGGUCUAUUGCCCCACCUGACCCUGAAGUUAGUAGCCAAUUUGAUCCACAAACAAACAACAUGUCUAAUAAUUUGAAUUCUUCUUCCAUGAAUCAUCACUUUUCACAAUCUAACCCUAGUUGUCUUUUCAAACCACCUUUUGAUGAUUCCACAUCAUGUACUAUUGUUGAUCAAGGAGUAGGUAAUAAAAAUUCAGGAUCAAUACUUUUUCCUAAUAUUUGCCAUGAUGAUGAUCAUGACAUGAAGGUUAAACAAGAAUUUAAUCAUCACCAUGCAAGUGAAGUUAUGCAUGGACAUGUGUUUGGAAAAUCAUUUAAUCCAAAUGGAUAUCUUGAUGGAUUUAACAAUAGUGUUAAUUCAGUUGGAGAAAGUGGAAAAUUUUAUCAAGGGUUGUCUAAUAAUAUUUCACCAUGUACAAAAAAUUUCUCAGAUGUUAUAUCAUUUAAUAGUAGGUUUGGAAGGCCAGUUAUUGGAAUCCAUGCACAAAGGCCAAACAUUAAAUAUUCAUCAAACUUAUCAGAAUCAAAGAAGCAGAGCCUUCACUCAUCAUCACAUAUGAGAAAUAGUAAUGGAAGAGGAGAGGGGACAACACGUGAAAUAAAGAAGAAAAGAUCUGAAGAAUCAUCAGAGGCAAGUUUGAAGAAGACUAAACAAGAUACAUCAACAACUAAUUCUUCUUCAAAGGCACCAAAAGUCAAGCUAGGAGAAAAGAUCACAGCCCUUCAACAAAUUGUGUCUCCUUUUGGAAAGACAGAUACAGCAUCUGUUCUGUUUGAAGCAAUUGGGUACAUAAAGUUUCUUCAAGAACAAGUCCAGUUACUGAGCAACCCUUACUUGAAGGCUAAUUCACACAAGGAUCCAAGGGGAAUAAGCUGUUUUGAUAGAAAAGAUCAUAAGGAGGAUGGAAAAAUGGACCUUAGGAGCAGAGGACUUUGUUUAGUUCCAACUUCAUGUACUCCUCUUGUAUACAGAGAGAAUAGUACUGGACCAGAUUACUGGACACCAGCUUAUAGAGGUUGUUUGUAUAGGUGAAUAAAUAUAUAUAUGCUUAUGUAUUAUGCCAUAAAUACUUAUAGUAUGUGGCUGUAUGUAUGCACUUUAAUUUUCUACAAAUCUUGGAAAAUUAUAAUUAUUAAGGUCUAGUGAAUAAAAUAUAUGUCAUAUUUCAUCAUCCUAAA